CUCCCUCUCGUGAUCAUCCACCACCCAAACUUAGCCACUAUGGAGUACAUUUUUUCAUUCUCUGCAAGUUUUAUGGUCAUCAUACUAGCCCUUGUGACCCUAUUCAACUAUAUUUUUACGAUAUCAAGAAAAGCAUCCAAUAAGAAGAGACUACCACCGGAAGCCGCCGGUGGAUGGCCUGUUAUUGGCCACCUACCUCUCCUCGCGGGGUCACAGCCUCGUCACAUAACCCUGGGAAACUUGGCUGACCAGAUGGGACCAAUAUUCACAAUCAAGAUUGGUGUGCAUCGAGUUUUGGUGGUAAAUAAUUCGGAGCUGGCGAGGGAAUGCCUUACGACGAACGACAAAGCUUUUGCCAAUCGUCCUAAAGCUCUUGCCAUGGAAAUAUUGGGCUACAAUUAUUUCAUGGUUGGCACCAGCCCAUAUGGAGAGUAUUGGCGCCAAAUACGCAAGAUUGUCAGUCUUGGGCUUCUCAAUCAACGGCUAGGGAUGCUCAAACAUGUGCUCGAGGCUUAGGUAAAAGCAUCCAUCGAAGGGUUAUACAAUGAAUGGAUCAAGAACAAGAAUAAUUCGAGCCAAGUUUUGUUGGAAUUGAAGAGAUGGUUCUGGGACGUAAGUCUAAAUGUGAUAUUCAAGAUGGUUAUAGGGAAAAGAUAUGCAGAGCCCAAAAAAGGCGAUGAAGGUAGAGACAGCGAUGAUGAAUGGCGAUAUGCAAUGAGAGAUUUUUUCAAAUUGACUGGGAAGUUUGUGGUGUCAGAUGCGUUUCCCUUCCUAAGGUGUUUGGAUCUUGGUGGGGAUGAGAAGGUGAUGAAAAAGACAGCAAAAGAGCUAGACAAUGUACUUGGAGAAUGGUUACACGAACACAAGCAGACGAGAGCUUCCGGCAUGGCAAAGAAAAGAAAGGAAGACUUCAUGGAUGAGUUACUGUCCAUCAUGGAUGACGCAAAAGAGUUCUCUAGCCAAGAUGUUGAUACUAUUAUCAAAUCUACGUGCCUGGCUCUUAUUCUAGCUGCUUCAGACUCUACAGCGGUAACACUAACUUGGACUUUGUCAUUGCUACUCAACAAUCGUCAUGUUUUAAAGAAAGCACAACAAGAGUUAGACAUCAUUGUCGGUAGAGAAAGGCAAGUGAACGAAUCAGACACGAAGGAUUUGGUUUCUCAAGCCAUCAUCAAAGAAUCGUUUAGGUUGUAUCCUGCUGGUCCAUUAUCGGUGCCACAUGAAUCCAUAGAAGAUUGCAGUAUAGGAGGCUAUCACAUUCCAGCAGGUACACAGCUUAUUCUAAAUAUUUCAAAAAUUCAAAGAGAUUCGCAUGUGUGGUUGAAUCCUUCAGAGUUUAUACCAGAGAGGUUUCUUACAACCCACAAGGAUGUUGAUGUUAAGGGCCAGAAUUUUGAGCUAAUACCAUUCAGUAGUGGCAGAAGAAUGUGUCCUGGAGUUUCAUUUGCUGUUCAAGUUUUGAACCUCACACUUGCUACUUUGUUACAUUCUUUUGAAAUUGAAACUCCAUCAGGCCAAACAGUUGAUAUGACCGAGGGUGCUGGACAAAUCAACAUCAAAGUCACUCCCAUCGAUGCUCUUCUUGAGCCACGCCUUCCUCCUCACCUUUACUGCUAUUAAUAAAUGAUAUCAACCAUGUGGAGAUUCUACGUCGCACUUAAACUCUGUUGGCGAUGUUCAUCGUAAUGGGGUUGAUGAUACUUUCUUUAUUGAAUCAGCUCUACUAGCCUAGCCUAGCAUAGCAUAGUUUAGUAGCAAAGACACAUCAGCCAUCAGGCACCUUUAAGUCCGAGUUCAAAUAAAAAAAAAAAGUUGAACUAUGAUAAUAAGCGUAACUUAUUUAUGUAUAUUAUGAUGAUGGUGCAAUAAAUCAACUUUUAUAUGAGAAUAAAUUAAAUGCUAAAUUACAUUAA